CCGUCCCCGUGAGGACGCGCCUGCGGCCACGCCCCCCUCUCCUCGGGCGCGCGUGCGCGUGCUUGCGUGCGUGCGCGGUGCAUGCCGGGCAAAGGGACGGGGAGCGCGAGUGGCGGCGUCGGCCGUGGCGGCUCCGGCGUCGGGGCCUCGAUGUCUCGGGGCGGCGCGGGGCCCGGGUCGGGGCCGGGCUGGGGCUGGUGGCCUCCCUCACGCCGGCGGAGGGAGCGGGCGAGACGGAGAGGCGAGGCGGGGCCAAGCUGGGCGGAAGGCGGUCGGGCCUGGGCCUUCCCCGCGGCGGCGGCGGCGGCGUCGCUGUCGCUGCUGGUGCUGCUGCUGGGCCUGUCCGGGGCGGCGCUGUCGCUGGUCGUGGCGGCGGCGGCGGCCGGAGGGGCCUGGGCGGCUUCUUCCUCCUCGGCGGGAGGCGGCGGCGGGAAGGACUCGAAGGGGGCCCCGUGGCUGCUCCUCCGGGAGCCCUCCCGGCCCCUCCGCGCCUCCCCUGCCGUGGCCAACGGGGGCCCCGCCGCCGCCAUGAGCUGCUGCUCCGCCUCGCCCGGCCUGGCCCUGCCAGAAAGGAGGCGGCUGCAGCAGCAGCAGCAGCAUCGAGGGAUCUGCGGGGACCACGCCGCUCCAUUGGCUCAUCUAAUGCUGCCCCCUCGCCGGCGCUACCCUAUUCAACAGGCCCAGUACACCUCGCUGGGGACCCUGCCCUCGAUUUGCUGGGACGGCUAUCGGCGGAAGACCAGGCUGUCGGCUCACAGCUCCAGCCUGCCCCAGAGCCCCGUGACGGUGAAGAUUGCUCCGCCGGACAGCAGAAUCUACCGCUCCCCACUGUUGAAGCAGCUGGCUUCUCCCGCAGCUUUCUCUCCAUCACCCAACAGUGCCCUGGACCCAUGCGCAAAAGAGACGGUCUUGAGUGCUCUCAAGGAGAGCCGGAAAAGGGCCGUGGAGGCGGAGGAGGAAGAGGAGGGCCGGAACUUCCUAGGCAGCCGGGACAGCAAGAGGAGGCGCCAUGAUAGCAGUGAGAGUGGGCAGUCUGCGUUUGAGCCCCUGGUGGCCAAUGGUGCCCCCCCAUCUCUUGUCCCCAGGCCUGGCUCCCUGAAGCGGGGUCUCCUCCCGUCCCACUGCCUGGAAGAGGCCUCCUCCAAGAGGUCACGUGCUUCCUCCCUCAGCUCCGUGAACAGCCUGCCUGUGGGUGGGGUCCCCAGCUCCAUCCGCAACGCCAUUGCCAGCUCCUACAGCUCCACCCGAGGCCUGACACAGCUGUGGAAGCAGAGUGGCCGAAGCACCUCUCCCCUGUCCAGUCCAGCAUCCUCCCGCUCUCAGACUCCCGAGAGGCCGAACAAGAAAGCAAGAUGCCUCAACUCCUCCAGCCUCAUGGAAGGCGAGUCUCGCCAGUGCAACACCUCCACACCUGUCAGGACAGACAAAGAGAUGCCAGCAGAGAAGACUGCAGAGACCCCCGUGCGGGACAGGCACAGCUCCCCAGGUUUGCCGUCUUUGUCGGGCAGCCAUGGCAAGCACAAGCGGAAGAUCCAGCUGCUGGCCACUCGGCGUGGAGAGCACUUCACCUUGCCCCCCCCACCUCAGGUGGGCUACUCCGUCACGUCGGCAGACCUGGAUGCAGAGAAGGCAGCAGCGCUGCAGCGGUUCAACAGAGUCCUGGAGGAGGAGGAGGAGGAGGGGGAGACUGAUUCCGCACUGAGCCCUGCUGCCCAGGCGACCUCCGCCCCCAACAGCACCCUGCCCUUUGUGGGCGUGUCUGCCAAGCCCUCCCCUCUCUCUUUGGCUGCGGCUGCUGCAGGCACCAACCCCCUCCUGGAGAGCCUGAAGAAGAUGCAAGAUGGAAAGAGCUCUUCGGUGCACGCUGGUCCUGCUACUCCUGCAGAGACUCCUCAGCGGCUGGCCCCCUCUCCAUCUCUGGAUCUGGGCUCCCCUGAGGUGGCCAAGACUCUGCCCCUCAGCGCCGCUGCGUCUCUGGCUCCUCCUCCCUCCUCCAGCACUGCGCAGCCAGCCAGUAGAGCCUGCACCCCGGCAGCUACCGCCUCCUCUUCCGAGCUGAGCUGGACUCCGGCCAGGCCAGCCUCUGCCCCGAAGCCCAGCAUCCUCUUGGGGAUCCUAACCAGUCCUCUUGCGACGACAGCAGCACCGGCAACGGCCUCUUCUGCCCCGGAGGUGGCGGCAGCGCCUGUCUUCAAGCCCAUCUUCGGCAGGCCCCUGGCCCAAAGCGAGGGGGGCUUGGGCUCCUCCAGCAGCAGCAGCAGCCCCUCGGCAGGCGCUGCCCCACCUCCUCCUGGCUCUGUGCCCUCGUUGGCAGCGCCACUUUCUGCACUCCCCAGCAGCCCAUUCAAGCCUGUCUUUGGGGCUCCACCCACCACCUUGGCUCCCCCGGCAACGGCAGCCUCCUCUCUCUUCAUGUUCAAGCAGACUCUUCAGCCGACGCCAGCCCCCGGUCUGCCCACUAGCAGCGCUGCCCCCGCCACGGUUUCUGGCUUCCCCACUCCCUCAGAGGCCACUGUUGCCAGCACAGGAAGCGCGGCCGCCACCGUCUCCAAAAGCAAGUCCAUGUUCAGCUUUGGGCCUGCCGUGGCAGCCUCCACCUCUGUGCCCAGCAGCGCAUCCGCCACCACAGCCAUGUCCCAGUCCGCCCCACUCUUUGAGAUUGCACCCAAUUCCAGCACUGCCCCCCCCUUUCAGUUUGGGAAGCUGCCUGCCCCCGCCGGCCCGGCCGUCAGUCCCUUCAGCCAGGCGCCCUCCUGCGCAAGCGAGGCUGCGCCCACCGCUACCACCACCACUGGCUUCAGCAUCUUUGGCAGCAGCAGCAGCAAUGCCACGCCCGCCCCCUCAGCCACGACGCAGCCUCCACUGACAUUUGGGCCCGGCCCCUCUGCCUUCAGCGGGGGCUUUGCCGCUGCUUCCAAGCCGCCGCCUCCUCCCUACCCAGGCGACGGUAGCCAACUGACUUUGGACCCAGCUGUUCCCAACAGUCAGCAGCCGGCCCCGAAGCCGGCGGCAGCAGCAGCAGCAGCAGCAGCAGGGCCAGUGAGCUUUGGGACCCCUUUCAGCUUCUCUGGCUCAGUAGCUCAGCCAGCCUUUGGUAGUGGCAUGCAGGCUCCCUUCGGUGGGCCUCUGGGGUCCUUUGGGGCCAAAAGCACUGCCCAGCUGGCAUUUGGAGCCACAACGCCGGCCUUCUCCUUCGGGACAGCCACGACCUCUGCCGCAUCAGGCUUUGGCUCCAACACUCAGACUACAAGCAGCGGUGGCGGCGGCAGCACGGGCGCCUCCGUCUUUGGGAGCCCAGCCCCACCUCCCUUUGGCUUUGGGGCAGCCAGCCAGCCUCCUGUAGCGGGCAGUGCCUUUGGCCUCAGUGCUGCUGCUGCUGGCGCUGUGGGCACAGGGGCACCCCCCUUCAGCUUCGGCAGUGGACAGAGCGGGGCCGCGGGGGCAGCGAUGCCCUUUGGGUCUUCCUUGGCACAAAACCCUCUGGGUGCCCAGAGGCAGAGUUCAGCCUUUGCUUUCAGCAUCUCCGGCACUCCCGAGAGCAAGCCAGCCUUCGGAGGAGCUCCACCACCUACAUUUGGACAGAGCUCUCCUGCACCAGGAGCGGGCACAGUGGGGGGCACCACCCUUUCCUUCGGAGCACCCAUCACCCCUGCCUUUGGAGGAGGAGGACCCACUUUUGGGCCGCUGACACCCACGUUCUCCAUCGGGGCAGGAUCUAAGAUGGGCUCGCGCCAGCGGCUGCAGGCCCGGAGGCAGCACACCCGCAAGAAGUAGCCUGGCUGGACACGAGCCUUGUGGCUGCCCUGGUAGGGGCCCCAAGAAGCAGCCAGGCCUCCUGCCCAAGGAGGCGUCUCCCGGAGCGCCUCCGUGCCCAGCUUGAGAGUGGCCUGGGAGAUGCCUUUUCUGUGGGGGCCACAGGAAGCUACGUGGGAUCACGAGCGAUUUUUACCCCUCAAAUGGGACAGGAGGAAGCAAGCCCCGUUUACUUGAACAGUCCGUGGCCGAAUCUGGAUAAAGUUUUGUACAUAUCUGCUGCCUUCCCUCUCCCAUGUGGGCAGCCUCCUGUGGACCCCCCAAUCCGUUUCGGCUGUAAUGGGGGGGGGGAAGGAGGGCCUGGGCUGGCAGCACCAACGUGCAGGUCCCCAGUUGGAACUGGCCCUUGGGGCACAGGGAGGGGCCCACGCAAGGGCCGGGGGUCCUUUUGCACACACCUUUGUGCAGACCACCUCCCCCCCACCCCCCAGUUGGCACAGCCCCCCGCCUGCAGAGGCUUUGUGGUUCCAGCCGCGGUAGUGGCGGCAGUGGCCCUUGGCUGCAACACGACGCACUGUCCCGCUCGGCUGCAGGCGUGGCUGGGGAUCCGGGGUGGGAGCCUGGAGGGAGCCUUUGGCAAGGGAGGCGCUGCCACGUGCUGCACUGCAGCCCCCUUUCUCUUGCCCCUCCUCGUCUGUGUAUUUGCUCAUAGUAUGUAUUCUUUCUUCAUUCCUUUUUUUUUCACCCUUAAUUGCUCUGUGAAUCGAGUUUGGAGGAAGAAUUUAAUUGUAUGUGUGGCGGCAUGUUGAUAAUGCCGGACUUGCUGUAAACAUUUUUUUUUGGAGGGGGGUGGCUGUCUGUCUGUCUCCAACGGAGACGCACCCUUCCGAACUGGGUGUGGGUGGCAGUCGCCUCCCUGCGUGGCCGCGUGGUGCUGAGCCAUCAGCAUUCUCACUGGGAGGCUGGCAGCGCUGGGGGUGUUGGGGGGAGCGAGAGGUGACGGAGACCCCCUCCCCUCCCGGGCCUUCCCUUGGGAGGCUGUACCUUCCACCUCAUCCCCUGGGGCUUGCAAGGGGGCUGUGUCCUCAUCAAGCCCCUUCCUUAGAGACAGGGGUGGGGGAAGCGCCCCUCCAUCCCUCCUGAAUUGCAAGCCCAGCUGCUGCCGGCUGCUCUUUUCCAUACAGUGGAGACAACGGCGUGAGUGUGUGCGUGAGCCUGCCUAAUUCUAAAUUUAAAAAAAUAUUUAAACAUUUUUUAACAAAGUGAAACUUUAUUUUUAUAUUUAAGCUAAAUUGCCUUUGAAUUCCUUCAAGCUUGGUUCAUAGAAAUGUGUGAAAGUGCAACGUGCUGUUCCUUAGGAGAUUAGCUGGGGUGGCCCAGAGGGGGAGCUGGCGGCAGUGGUCACGGGUGGGGGGGAGAGACUCUUGCCGCCUGCUGCCUCCCUCUGGGCCCUGGUUCCAUGUUUUUCGUUUCCCAACGUGGAUGUGGCUCCGUCUGUUCUGUAAUACUUGAGAGCUAUUGCACGCUUGGGUGGUGUUGUCUGGGUUGCUUGUGGAGGGAGGGGAGGCAUCCAAGUGCUGCCAUUCAACUACUGGGCAUGCUUAGGGGGGCUCCAAAUGACUGGGGGCCCUCUUGGAGGCCCCCACAGUUCACUGCCUUGCAGAGCAGUGAUGUUGGUCUCCCUUGGGCGAGCUAUAGGAACGGUGCUGCUUUCAAGGAUCCUCUGAUUCUGCAAGGGGUGUGUGCCUCCCUGCCUCCCACCCUCUAAGGAGCCUCUCCUCCCUGUGUCCAGCAGGUACGGAGUUUCUUUGAGGGGGGGCAGCUUGUUCCUUCCCCCAGGCACUGCCCCUUCCCGUGGUUGCUUGCAGAAGAGUGUUGGCAGAGGUCUAGCGUUACCGCCGUGUGUGAGUGAGGUGAAGUGUGCAAGGAUGGCAAGAGUGGCUGACUUUUUUUUAAUGUCGCAAUGAAGACUUGGAUCAUUCCUGUUGAGGGUUUUAGCGUGAAUGUGCAAUUUCGUUUCCUUGCUUAUGUUGAUUUAAAAUAAAACAAAACUGCUUGA